AUGAAUUCAAGCAUCCCAGUCAGCCUCAACAACAUCACAACUCCUUCACCAAAACUUCAAAAGGAGAUCCUCAUCCUGUACUGGCUGAUACUUGGCAUUGCUCUGCUUGGACUGCCAGGAAAUGGGACUGUGCUCUGGUUUCUUGGCUUCCGCAUGCACAAAAAUGCGUUCUACACCUACAUUCUCCACCUGGCUCUGGCCGACUUCCUCUUCCUCUGCUGCCAAGUUGUGGAUUCACUUCUGGUUCUAACCGGAGUCUUCCAUCCUUUGUCCAUCAACACUCCUGAUAACAACCUCUUAACUACUGCAGAAGCCCUUCUCUACAUUGUGAGCCUGAGCAUCCUCAGCACCAUUAGUGCUGAGCGCUGCCUAUCUGUCCUUUGGCCCACCUGGUACCGCUGCCACAGACACAAAAGCCUGUCAACUAUCAUGUGUGCCCUCAUCUGGGCCCUGUCCCUGCCCCUGGGCAUAGUGAAAAUAACCAGUUGUCUCUCUAAUGUUGAUUAUAGUGAAAAUACUUGGUGUCAGAUAUUUACCUUUGGUGCUGCAGUCUGGCUGCUGCUUUUAUUUUUGAUUCUCUGUGGAUCCAGCCUGGCUCUGCUGCUCAGGGUCCGUAGCUCUCAGAAGUUGCCCAUGACUCGGCUGUAUGUGACCAUUCUCCUCACAGUGCUGGUCUUUGUGCUCUGUGGUCUGCCCUGUGGUAUUACAUGGAUCUGUUUCAUGGGGAAUAAAAGUGUUUCAAACAAUUACAUUCCUGAUUAUCAUGUGGCAACAGUUCUUCUGUUCUGUGUUAAUAGCUCUGCCAAUCCCAUCAUUUACUUCUUUGUGGGCUCCUUUAGACAGCAAAAGCAAAGACAGAACCUCAAGCAGGUUCUCCAGAGAGCUCUGCAGGACACCCCUGAACUGGGUGACAGUGGAUGCAGCCGGCCCCCGGGAGCCCUGGAGAUGUCAGGGAGCAGCCUGGUGUAG